AAUACAUUAUCAGUCUAAAAUUCGCUUGUUUUCUUCUUUUUUUUUACUCAGGCGCUGAUUCUUCUUAACCCGAAUCAUCUUUGCUUAUUGUUCUCGUAGAAACCCUAAAUUCCAGAGAGAAAAAAAUAGCACAGCGAAACGAUGUCUUACGACGACGUAGAGAUUGAAGACAUGGAAUGGAACGAGGAGUUGCAGUCAUACACAUAUCCAUGUCCAUGCGGCGACCUUUUCCAGAUCACGAAGGAAGAUCUCAAGCUGGGUGAGGAAAUCGCUCGUUGCCCUAGUUGCUCCCUCUACAUCACCGUCAUCUAUAACAUGGAAGAUUUCCUCGGCGAUUCCAAUCAAAAUCGAACAAAUAAGCCUCUUCAACCCUCCAAACAACAAACCGUUACUGUUGCUUGAAUUUCAGAUGUCCUGAAAUGGAGAGAGCAAUAGAUUUUUUUCAAGACUUGAAUAUAUGGUAGCAGUCAACAUCUUGUUUUGCAGAUAGGAAUUGAAUUAUUGGUAUUCUGAAGGAACAAAGGAGAAAUUAGUAAUAGGAGAGUUUAUAGUACAGUAAGAAUGCCAUUGUUCAUUGUUAGUUAGAUAAUUUCUUUUUUACCUGCAUUGUUUUUUUGUUAAAUUGUUUCUUUCAUCAGACUAUUCAGACAGACAAUACAUACUCUUAUGGCUUUGCUUCUAAUCCAAGUACUGGAGCUCCGUCUCUAAUUAUUAGAUUCUAUU